AUGGUCUACGAAGCGGGAAGUGUCAUUCCGGGUCGUCAUCCAUCCUCGUCGAACCAAACCGUCUCGUUCCUGCUAGAAAUAUUAUUUGAUCGUCUUGGCAAGGCAGCAAAGCAUACCUGGAAUAUGUCAGACUCACCACCGCAACGAAUGCUGAGCGACACGACCCUUCAGAAGCGAUCGGCCGUGUCUAGUUUUCUCUUCAAGCUCUGUGAUGCCAAUGCACAUGCUACUAAAGUCGCCUUGUUCCGGCGGAGCGACAAGGUUCACACCUACCCACGUCAUCUCGCACCAAUCGCUGGUGCUAUCGAUCCCCAGACGGAUGCGACACCGGUGGAGACAGCAUGGAGAGAAUUGAAGGAGGAGACAUCUCUGACAUCGUCGACAGUCAAACCAUGGCGGAAAGGACGAGUCUUCUCUUUUAAGGAUGAAUCAGUUGGUAGAGAAUGGACCAUCUACCCGUUUGCGUUCCUACUCAAGUCGCCAAGUGAUCGGACGGAAGCCUUACAGCCGGCUGAGAACUGCGACAAUGAUGACGGGGACGGCAUUACUUUGGACUGGGAACAUGAUUUCUACAACUGGCACGACCCAGACGAAGUUCUGUCACGAGUAAACGAGAAAGGAGUUGACGCGACGAUAUGUGGCCAAAAACUCGUGCCGCGGAUUGCCGACUCACUACAAAACGUGUACCCGGAAUACGAGCUCGGAAAUACAGCGGGAAGACGCUUAAGGGAAGGUCUACAGCAAUUACAGAAUGAUCACGAGAGUGGGGCGAGAGAGUUGGCUACCAUCGCUCUGAGCAUUCUCAAAGAUAUUCUGAUCGAAGUGCGACCAUCAACAGUGCGAGUUGAGAGCAGCGAGGAUGAAUGGGGUGUCUGGUGGAGGAACGUGCGGCUCAUAUCGUGGCAUAUUUGGACAAACGGUAGAGAAUCAAUGGGUGCAGCCAUUGGUAGUGCGCUCCUCUCUGUCCUUGUGGACCUGGAGAAGGUUUACGAAAAGCGGGAUUGCGAGGACGAUAUCGUUCGCAUCGUCGAGUGUUCAAUUGGAAAGAGGGAAGCGAUGAAAAAGAGGCUCUGCGAAGCGUUCGACGCCUAUCUUCGGGACGAAGUAAUCGGGAAGGGAGAUAUGAAAGAAAGGAAGACCUUGAGGGUAAUGACAUUGUCAGCAAGUUCCACAAUCAGAGAAUCUAUCCUACACUUUCUGAGCAGUGGUGUUUGCGACUUCUCAUUCGAGACUCUAGAUCUGCGGAUCUUGGAGUCAAGGCCACUUUAUGAAGGUGUGUCCCUCGCAUCGAUAAUAUUAUCGUCAUAUAAAUCGCUCGGCAAGGAUGUUACUAGACCCAAAAUCAAUAUAACCCUAUACACAGACUGCUCAGCAGCACUAGCAGCGAGAGAUGUUGAUGUGGUUUUGAUAGGCGCCGACCGCCGCAUCGCAGGGCUCGACGGGGCAGUGAGUAACAAAACAGGCAGCUUACCUGCGAUUCUGGCAGCGAAACACCUCUCGCCACAGGCCAAAAUCCUUGUCAUCAGCGAAUUAGAUAAAGUGGCCCAAGUUGAAUCAAUGGAUAGCCAUGCAGAAGAGGACAACGAUGUAGCGGAAGUGUUGUGUGCGUGGAGAUUGGCUGGGGUGAAAGGGGCCGGCGUAAUUGACAGUCAAUUGAGCGGGGAGCAGAAUGACGAUGCUUUGGCAGUGAAAAACGUCUACUUUGAGUGGGUUCCGGCGGCGCUGAUUGACUCCUACAUUACGGACGAGGGAGUCAUGAGUGUCGCUGGUAUACGUGAGCGAUCUACCUGGGUCAUUCAACAAGUCCAUAGAUUUUUUGAUCAUUUGUGA